UUAUUAUUUUUGUUGAAAUUUGAAACUUUCAUUAUUCAAUAUUUGUUUAAAUAAAUUAUACUUUUUUUUUGUUUUUUUUUCGAACUGUUAUUUAAGUUGUUGAAUUUGAUGUAUUAAAAUAAUAAAUAAUCUUAGUUUUAAAAUGCCGUGUGAAAUGAUAACGGUCCAAUUAGGCCAAUGUGGAAAUCAAAUUGGAUUUGAAUUUUGGAAAAAACUAUGCGCCGAACAUGGUAUCAAUCCAGAAGGAGUACUGGAGCCGUUUGCUACAGAAGGUGUUGGCGACCGAAAAGAUGUAUUUUUUUAUCAAGCUGAUGACAACCAUUAUGUGCCAAGAGCUGUUUUGUUAGAUUUGGAACCACGUGUCAUACAUUCAAUCAUGUCAUCCAAUUACUCAAAACUAUACAACCCUGAAAAUGUAUAUCUAUCUAAACAUGGUGGUGGUGCUGGAAACAAUUGGGCAUCAGGUUUUAGUCAAGGUGAAAGACUACAAGAAGAAGUGUUUGACAUAUUAGAUCGUGAAGCAGAAGGAGGUGAUAGUCUUCAAGGAUUUGUAUUGUGCCAUUCAAUUGCUGGGGGUACAGGUUCAGGAAUGGGUUCGUUUAUACUUGAACACUUAACUGAUCGUUAUCCAAAAAAAAUAAUCGAAACAUAUAGUGUAUUUCCAAAUCAAGAUGAAAUUAGUGAUGUAGUCGUACAACCUUACAAUUCGUUAUUGACUUUAAAACGACUUGCACAGAGUGCAGAUUGCGUUGUAGUCUUAGAUAAUACAGCAUUAAAUCGAAUUGCAACCGAUCGAUUACACAUAGAAAAUCCGUCAUUUGCUCAAAUAAAUUCAUUAGUAUCUACAAUUAUGUCUGUUUCAACUGCUACUCUAAGAUACCCAUCAUACAUGAACAAUGAUUUAGUUGGUCUCAUUGGACCUUUGAUACCGUCACCACGUUUACACUUUCUUAUGACAGGUUACACACCAUUAACUACUGAUCAUGAGGAUGCUAAUAUUCGUAAAACUACAGUUUUUGAUGUAAUGAGACGGUUAUUGCAGCCAAAAAACAUGAUGGUGUCCACAGCACAAGAAAGAUCUACCAUACCACAUUGCUACUUAUCUAUAUUAAAUAUAAUACAAGGUGAUGUUGAUCCUACACAAGUAUACAAAUCACUCCAAAGAAUUAGAGAAAGAAAAACUGUAAAUUUCAUUAAUUGGGGUCCAUCCAGUAUUCAAGUUGCUCUUUCAAAAAAGUCACCCUAUGUUCCCACUGCGCACCGUGUAUCUGGUCUUAUGUUAGCCAACCAUACAAGCAUAUCUCAACUUUUCCAAAGAGUUCUGGAUCAGUACGAUAAACUGCGACACAGAGAAGCGUUUUUAGAUCAAUUUCGUAAACAAAAUAUGUUCAAAGAUGAUCUAUGUGAGAUGGAUGAUUCUAGAGCUGUAGUUCAAAAUCUUGUAGAUGAGUAUUUGGAAGCCACUAAGGACACAUAUCUUCAAUGGCAACCUAAAAAUGUUGUCAAUAAUUAAGGAAGUCGGAAAGUUCAUUAUUUUCACCUACUAACAUUCAUCACAAUUUUGUUAAAUUAUAUAAUUUACUAUAAUUAUAUCUAUUUAACUAUUUUUACAUUUUGUUAAAAAAUAACUUAUUAUUUAUAGUUACUAACAUCUAACAUACUGAUCUGAAUUCUCUGUUUAUUGAUUAUUUUUUUGUGUUUGUUACUAAAUAAUGUAAAGAUUCAGUAAUUACCACAUUAUUAUAGUAAAAAUUAUUAUAUUUCAUAAAACAAGUUUAAAUUCCCAUUUUUAUAUUUUUUCUCA